AUUUCUUAUGCUCCCGCAGCUGCGUAUAUAUCGUCAUUUCAAAUUCCGACAGCGCACCUCUGUUCAAUCGUCUCUCUGUGUUUUAUACCGCAAUCAGCAUGGCCUCCUCAGUGUUCUCCGCUUCCAUCGUCUUCUGCUUUCUCGUUCUCCUCGGAUUAUCGCUGGCAGCCCACGCUUCCGCCGCCGCCGCCGGCAGAUCGAGGCAGAGGACCGACGGGGAAGUGAGAGCCAUCUACGAGUCGUGGCUGGUGAAGCACGGCAAGAGGUACAGCGCCCUAGGCGAGAAGGAGUGGAGGUUCCAGAUCUUCAAGGACAAUCUCCGGUUCAUCGACGAGCACAAUUCCGAGAACCGGACGUACAGGCUGGGGCCGAACCGGUUCGCCGAUUUCACCAACGAGGAGUACCGGUCCGUGUACCUGGCGGCGAAAACCGGUUCUCGGCGGAGUCUUUUGGCGUCCAAUAGGAGCAGCCGCUACGCUUCCGUCGACGGGGAGAGCCUGCCGGACUUCCUUGAUUGGAGAGAGAGAGGUGCCGUCACUCCAAUCAAAAACCAGGGCAGCUGUGGGAGUUAUUGGGCUUUUUCAACAGUUGCUGCAGUGGAGGGGAUCAACCAUAUAGUGACUGGUAAUUUGCUCUCGCUAUCUGCACAAGAGCUGAUAGAUUGUGAGACAUUAAAUAAUGAGGGAUGCAACGGUGGUGUAUUGGACUUUGCCUAUGAGUUCAUUAUCAACAAUGGUGGCAUUGAUACCGAUGAAGAUUAUCCCUAUAGAGCUGCACAAGGCGACUGUGAUGACAAGUUGUAUUUGGCGAAAUCCAAAGUCGUUACAAUUGACAGUUAUGAGAACAUUCUUGAAAACGAUGAGAAGGCAUUGCAGAAGGCAGUAGCACAUCAGCCAGUUAGUGUUGCCAUUGAAGCUUCUGGCAUGGCAUUCCAAUUCUAUGAAUCAGGCAUAUUUACCGGUGAAUGUGGGACAGAACUGGAUCACACUGUCACUGUUGUUGGAUAUGGUACAGAAAAUGGUGUAGAUUACUGGAUUUUGAAGAACUCAUGGGGUGCACUUUGGGGAGAAGAUGGCUAUAUCAGAUUGGAACGUAACGUGGGUGGCGCUGGUAAAUGCGGGAUUGCAGCGGAAGCCUCCUACCCUAUCAAGGGAAACCCGACUCCCGUCACGCCCAUCCCCAUUCCUGCAUCUUCAGCUCCGCCUCCUCCAAGCGAAAAUUUCUGCGAGGGGUACUUCACUUGUCAGGAGAUUAGCACAUGCUGUUGUGUCUCUGAAGCUGGAAAGCCAUGCAACUCUUGGGCGUGUUGCCCUUACGAGAAUGCCACUUGCUGCGCGGACAACCAAACUUGCUGCCCUAAAGAGUACCCGAUAUGCGAUUUGUCAACACGCAGCUGCUUAAUGAGCAAUUGGAGGAACCCGUUCCGGCAAGUAAUGGCAGCCAAGCACGUAGAGGCUAAGCAUAGAGGAGCCUUUGUGAAUGAGGGAAGAGCCCGGGCAUAGGGAAUUAGAAAGGCUUCUACGUUCAACCGAGUAUUCGUAUUUGCAUGCAACAUUUUGUAAGAACUAAUGCACUUUCGACUGCACUAGCUAGUAUGAUUAGUUAUGUGUUCUAGAAUAAAAAAAAUUCUCUAUUAGAAUCUUUAGUUUUAAACAAGUCUUCUUCGGUUGUGGAGAUGAAUUGAUUUGGGGUUGGUAGAGUA